UUCAGAGCAGUUUGACAUCACCAGAGUUUCGAUGCACGCUUCGAUUCUUGUUCGUGAUUGUGAAAUAAAGUUGUCAUAAAAGUUUUAAACUUCUCAAAAGCAAGUUAUUUAACUACAGUGAAUUGUUUUAAAGAUUUUAAGUGAGUGGCGAAGUAAAGUGCAUCUUGUUUAUGACAUUUAGAUACGAGUAAAACAGUUUUAACGAUACAGAGAGCUAAGUGAACUUGUGACUGUUGCUUGUUGUAUACCUUUGAAUCAAACACAUCGCGGGAGCAAAUUUAAAUGUUGUGGUUUUGGUGUUCCUAGCAACGCUUAAUUUUAAACAUAAUCAUGUUUACAAUUAGUUUAAUUUGUAUGUUAGACUUUUACAUGUCGUCAAAAUGUAACAAAGCAGUGAUGAAGUGAUAGUGAGAUACCUUUAACUUUACGUGUCAUGGAAGAGUUGGAGCGGUUAUUCAAGAUGAAACCAGUUAUAGUUAUUGGGACCCUUGUGUUCCUUGCUGGUGUGAUUCAUACCUCAACCUCUCUGGACACAGUUCUAAUGCAGCCACCAAGAUUCAGCAUGCAACCGUCAUCUUCAAAUAGUAUAGUCAGAGAAGGCACAACGAAAAUAUUGCAAUGCUCUGCCAUAGGGAUUCCACAGCCAAUGUAUCGGUGGCUAAAAAACGGCGUGCCAUUAGGGGAUUAUUCUUCCGAGUUAUUCUAUAAGAUACACAAUACUCAGCGACAAGAUGCCGGUGCUUACCAAUGUAUCGCUAAGAACGACGUCGGGGCCAUUUUCAGUGAAAAGAAUAACAUUGUCGUCGCCUAUAUGGGUAUCUUCGAUAAUAUUUCGGAGCAGGUGGUGACUGUAGAGUCAGGACGGGCAGCUAUUUUGGAGUUCCCUUACAUUGAAUCUGAACCAUCUCCCUCAGUCAUAUGGCAAGAUGAAAAUGGCACUCUGCGUUAUGAUCAAAAAUAUGCCGUAACUGAUAAACACCAACUUGUCAUUCUCUGUACUUCUCAUAAAGAUGAACGGUCGUACAGGGUAAGAGCAAUAAACACGCAACUGGGCAAGGAAGAAAACAGUCCUUAUAUUAAACUCAAUGUUUAUGGAGAUGAUUAUAAAGAAAUUCCUCCAGAAAUUAUCAUAAAACCGGAAGAUGCCAAAAUUGUUAAAGGUCAAGAAUACGUUAAUUUAUACUGUGUAGCAAAUGCAAGACCGCUACACGAAUUAGAAACUCUGUGGUUUAAAGACGGAAUUAUGGUCGACAUGGCCGGUAUCACUUUUGAUUUAAACGACCAGUGGAAUCGGACGCUCAGUCUCAUUUCUGUUAAUUUGACACAUACGGGACAGUAUACGUGCCAGGCCCGACUUAAAUCGGGUGGGUUUGCCACAGUUACGGCUUCAGCCACAGUUACUGUAUAUGAGAAACCUAUAUUCUUGACCAAUUUAAAAUCAGAAACUUUUGGAGAAUUUGGUAGUACUAUUGUUUUGGAAUGUAACGUUCAAGGUACACCUUUACCAAGUAUAACAUGGUACAAAGAUGCGAGAAAAAUAUCGAGUGUAGGAAUCGAAGCAGCUGAAACCGAUAACGCAGAUGUUUAUGAUGGCGAUGGCAGGUACCGCGUGGAAGUCAACAGGUCUCUGGUGAUAACCAACCUUAGGAUGGAAGACAUGGGCAUAUAUCAAUGCAUAGCGAGCAACGAAGCAGGAGAAUCUUCCAUUUAUACAUGGUUAAAAAUUAAAACGAAGGGAAAUAUCCGACUACCACGCAGUCACAUGAAGUUAAUAAGAAUGAGGACAACAGACAAAAAAACAAAAUCUUUCAGAUUCGAUACUGGCACGUCCCCGCCCAUAAUGCAGAAUCCGCCGGGCAACCUGACCGUGCUGGACGGGAAGGACGCCACCAUCGCAUGCCGGGCCAUCGGCGCGCCUACACCUAACGUCACGUGGUACUUCAACGAUUCACUGAUAAUUAAUUUAUCGGGGAGACUUCAAACCUUGGAAGAAGGGGACUUACUGAUCACCGGAACCACCACAGCUGACAACGGGAAAUACACCUGUGUGCGGUCGAACGAUGCAGGAAACGUCUCGGGAGAGGCGUAUCUCUCGGUGCUCGUAAGAACACAGAUUAUUGCACCGCCUGUCGACACAAGAGUUCUGCUCGGCCACACAGCCACGAUGCAGUGUAAAGUUUCUAAUGACCCCAAUGUCAAAUAUAACAUUGACUGGUUCCAUAAUCAACAGCCAAUGACAGCUGGAUCUCGAGUCUGGGUAACAGCAGAUGGUGCACUCCAAGUGCAAGCUGUUCGAGCCAGUGACGCGGGAGAGUACACAUGCGUGGUGACGUCACCGGGCGGCAACCACACCCGCCGCGCCCUCCUCUCCGUCAUCGAGUUACCUUUUGCUCCCACCAACGUCCGCGCGCACAAGCUUGAUGCCGCUUCACAAAGGGCUAUCAACGUCUCCUGGACACCAGGCUUCGAUGGCAAUUCGCCCAUACAGAGAUUUAUUGUGCAGAAACGUGUUGUACCCGAAUUUGGACCUACACCAGAUCCACUAUUAAAUUGGGUGACAGAAACCAUGAACGUGUCAGCCAAUCAACGCUGGGUACUUUUAACUAGUCUGAAAGCGGCGACAUCUUAUCAGUUCAGAGUUUCUGCUGUGAACACAGUUGGCGAGGGGCCUCCUUCAGAUCCCACUGAUGUGCUAACCCUGCCGCAAGAAGCUGCCAGCGAUAUUAUAUGCUGCCAAGCUCCUUCAGGCCCGCCCGUUGGUUUCAUGGGAUCUGCACGUUCGUCUUCCGAAAUCAUAACGCAAUGGCAGCCGCCGUUAGAGGAGCACAGGAAUGGUCACAUCAUAGGAUACGUGAUAAGGUACAGGCUCCGCGGCUACGAUAAUAGCCCGUGGACCUACCAAAACAUCACAAACGAGGCUCAAAGGAAUUACCUCAUCCAAGACCUUAUCACAUGGAAGGAUUACAACGUGCAGAUUGCUGCAUAUAACGAUAAAGGCGUGGGCGUGUUCUCAGACAGUUACACUAUUAAAACUAAAGAGGGCAUACCUGAGGCACCUCCGGACAGCGUGCGAUGUGACCCUUACAACUCUACAGCGAUCACAGUUUGGUGGACACCCCCAAAUCCUCAGAAAAUUAACGGCAUUAAUCAGGGUUACAAGAUCCAGGCUUGGAUAUGGGAUGAGAAUGAGGGUGAUAACAUGGAACAAAAGCUAGUGAGCGUGCCGCCUAAUCUGUUAGAUCCUCUCGCGGAGCAGACCGCCGUCAUCGGAGAUCUUGACAAGUUCACAGACUACAACAUAUCAGUGCUCUGCUUCACUGAGCCGGGCGACGGCCCACGAAGCGACUAUAUAUUAGUCAGGACAAAGGAAGACCUUCCUGAUGAAGUUGGAAGUUUGCAAUUUGAUGACAUUUCCGAUCGAGCUGUUAGAGUAUCUUGGUCACCGCCCAAAAAAUCUAAUGGAAUUCUAAUUGGCUACAAAUUAUCAUAUCAAAUUAAAGACGAUUUAAAUUCUAUCAAAGACGAAGUACUCCCACCAAACGUUACAAGUAUCAAAGUGGAACACUUGCAGGCCAGCACUCACUACAAAUUCCACCUAUGCGCUCUGACAAGCGUAGGGGAAGGGCCGGCGCGGUCCGCCACCAUUCAGUCGGGUGUCGAGCCAGUACUACCUGAUGCCCCCCGGAACCUCGCUUUGUCCAAUAUUGAAGCUUUCUCAGUACUUUUACAAUUCACGCCAGGUUUCGAUGGAAAUUCCUCCAUAUCUUUGUGGACAGUUCAGGCUCAAACAGCGCGCAAUUCAUCAUGGGUCACUAUUUACGAAGUGUACGCGCCGGACGCGCAGUCUAUCCUUGUGACGGGACUGGUUCCCUUCACCACAUACCGCUUGCGAGUGGUCGCGACCAACGUAGUGGGGUCGUCGCAGCCCUCGGAGCCCUGCAAGGAGUUCCAGACUAUACAGGCGCCGCCGCAGCACCCGCCUCGUAACGUCACCGUGCGCGCCGUUAGCGCUAACAACCUGCGAGUGCGCUGGAUUCCAUUACAACAAAGCGAGUGGUACGGCAAUCCAAAGGGCUAUAACAUUUCAUACAAGCGGAGUGGCACGAACGAAACGCUAUUCAUAAUCAUCGACGACCACACAGCCAACUCGCACAUUCUCUCGAGCUUGGAAGAAUGGUCCUUGUAUGAGAUCAAAAUGACCGCCAUUAACGAAGUGGGGACGUCGGCUGAAAGUCCUAUGGCUACUGAAAGAACCCGAGAAGCAGUACCAUCACGUGGACCAAUAGACGUCUCAGCCAAUGCAACUUCUUCAACAACAGUUGUCGUUCUAUGGGGAGACAUACCAGUACAAGACCAGAAUGGUCUUAUCGAAGGAUACAAAGUUUGCUAUGCGGCUGUAGUACCUCCGCCAAGGCCGGAACACAAGAAAGUGGAAUGCCAAGCCAUUCCGUCGAACCAAACGCACACAAUAACUUUAACUGAGCUGCGGAAGUAUGUACUGUACCAAAUACAGGUUUUGGGCUAUACAAGACUAGGUGAUGGAGUUCUUUCCGAUCCACCAGUGAAUGUGAGGACUUUUGAAGACACUCCGGGGCCACCGUCGAAUGUAUCGUUUCCUGACGUAACUUUCACGACAGCACGUAUUAUUUGGGAUGUACCAGAAGAUCCUAACGGUGAAAUACUAGCAUAUAAAGUGACUUACCACCUAAAUAAUACAUCACAACACAUGUUUUCCAGAGAGUUCCUGCCAUCUGAUCGCACAUAUAGGGCUACAGAGCUGCAGCAGGAGCGGUACUACCUGUUCUCAGUGACGGCUCAGACGCGGCUGGGCUGGGGCGCGAUCUCUCGCGCGCUCGUGCUCACCACCGUCAACAGAGGGCCCCCAGCCGCGCCCGCGCGCCCCAACGUCGCCCGGUCGCUGCUGCAGCCGCACCAUAUCACCUUCUCCUGGACGCCAGGCGACGACGGCUACGCGCCCCUCAGGUACUACACGGUACAGCAAAAAGAAGAGGGCGGUACUUGGCAAACAAUCCCCGAGCGAGUGGAUCCGUUUGCGACGUCCUAUACGGCGGAGGGGCUGAAGCCUUACACUGCCUAUCAGUUCAGAAUACAAGCGACGAAUGACAUCGGCCCGAGUCGCUUCAGCAAUGCCACUGACACUGUCAGGACUUUGCCAGCAGCGCCAAGCAAAGCCGUGGAGAACUUGCACGUAGUCCCGAUCACGCCGAGCAGCGUGCGAGUACAGUGGAGUCCACUGAGUGAGCCGCACUGGAGCGGGGACACGCGCACGGGCGGCUACCGGGUGCUGUACCAGCCGCUCACUGACUUCCCCACCGCGCUGCAGCAGACCAUGAAGCUGGACGUGCCCGGCAUCAAGAGUGAGGAGGUGGUGCUGACGGAGCUGUCCGUGGACCGCAACUACGAGAUCAGCGUGGUGGCGGUGAACGCGAUGGGCGCGGGCCCGGGUCGCACGCCGGCCGUGGUGUGGGUGGGGGAGGCGGUGCCCACGGCGCCCCCGCGCGAGGUGGCGGCGCUCCCCGCCUCCCCCACCGAGGUGACGCUCUCCUGGCUGCCGCCGCUCGAGGCGCAGCAGAACGGGGACCUGCUCGGAUAUAAGAUAUUCUACCUGAUGACGGAGUCCCCAGAAGAGCCUGAACCGGGACGAAAAGCGGAAGAGGAAAUAGAAGUAGUUCCUGCUACUGCCACUUCACACUCCCUGGUGUUCCUGGACAAAUUUACACAAUACCGAAUUCAGGUAUUGGCGUUUAACCCGGCGGGCGACGGCCCUCGGUCGACGGCGGUUCUUGCGCGUACGCACCAGGGGCUGCCGUCAGCGCCGCGCAACAUUACGUUCUCGGACAUCACCAUGAAUUCCCUCGUGGUGUCGUGGCAGGCGCCCCACCGCCGCAACGGGCUCAUACACUCUUAUCUCGUCACCUAUGAGACUAUACAACAGGAUGAACGUUUCAGCAAGCAAGUGAAGCAGAAGGUGUCGGAGCGGUCGCUGGCGGUGGGCGGGCUGGAGGAGGAGGUGGAGUACCGGUUCACGGUGCGGGCGGUGACAGUGAGCGCAGGCGGCGCAGGCGAGGCGCGCGUGCGCACGGGGCCGCAGCGCGGGUCUCCGGCGGCGCCGCGGCGGCUGCGGCUGGCGCCCGACCCCGCCGCGCUGCGUCUCGCCUGGCUCAACUCCGCCAGCGGCGGCGGCGAGCUGCUCGGAUACUACAUCGAGGCCCGCAAGAAAGCUAAGGAGACAUGGCAAGCCUAUGACACAAGGUGGGAAACGAUAACGCGUACAAGCAACGGUAUGCUAGAAGAAUUCACAAUAUCGUACCAGAGUCUCCUUCCUUCCACCGCUUACUCGUUCCGCGUGAUCGCGUACAACAAGCACGGGAUCAGCAACCCCGCCUACAGUGACAAAGUCAUCGUAACGCCUUCCAAGCUUUACCUGGAGUACGGCUACCUUCAAUACCGGCCCUUCUACCGCCGCACUUGGUUCAUGGUCGCUCUAGCUGCCGCUUCCAUAAUAAUAAUAAUCAUGGUCAUCGCCAUACUCUGCGUAAAGAGCAAGAGCUACAAAUACAAAAAAGAAGCCCAGAAGACCCUGGAGGAGUCGCUGGCGGGCGAGACGGACGAGCGCGGGUCGCUGGCCAUGGACCUGUACCGGUCGCGGCAGAACUCGGCCGGCAGCGCGGCGCUGGCGGGCGGCACGCUGCGCCGCAAGCCCGCACCGCAGCUGGCCAAGUCGCCGCCGCGCCCGUCGCCGCUGUCCGUCGCCUACCACAGCGACGAGGAGAGCCUCCGCGCCUACGAUGAAAACCCCGACGACUCCUCCCUCACGGAGAAACCCUCCGAGAUGAGCUCUUCCGAUUCUCAGAAUUCGGAGAGUGAGAACGAAAGUGUGAAAUCGGAACCGCAUUCGUUCGUCAAUCACUACGCUAAUGUUAACGACACGCUGCGGCAAUCUUGGAAGCGGCAGCGGCCCAUCCGGCAGUACUCCAGCUACACGGACUCGGAGCCCGAAGGCAGCGCCACCAUCAGCCUAAACGGCGGGCAGAUCGUCAUGAACAACAUGGCGCGUUCGCGGGCCCCUCUCCCAGGGUUCUCUUCCUUCGUAUGACAGGAACCGGACGCGAUAAACGCGCUCACUAUACAUUUAUAACCUCACUGCCCAUUUCUUAUUUAGAAAAUUAUGCUAAAGUCUGUUUUUAACUCCAAACAACGUGAGAAUCCGAUAAUUUAAUCUCUAGUAUGGAAAUUUUAUGAAUAUCAUCAAUUAUGAAUUUGACUGACAACCGAUUAUUUUAAAUCGCCUAAGACAGACUAGUUUCCUAUGUACAUAUCAAAUUUUAAGCUUUACUUACAUAGCAGCUAUUGAUAUUAUCAUAAUUAUAGAAUAUUAAAUUAAUUACCAACAUUACAUUAUUAUGUUAAUUUGACCAAUAGUAUGAGAUAACGUCAGAUCUCUAUAGUUAUACACCAUAAGUUAUUAUAAUAAGGUGAUUAGUAUGCAUUGCAACUUUUCAAGUUUAUGUAACUUCUACAUACUCAAUUAUAGUAAAUAUUUAUAUCCUUUACAUCAAACAUAGUCAUUUUAAAAUUUUAGAUGUUUUCUAGUACCAAAAAAAUGUGAAUUGAUUUUCCCCAAUUCUGUAGUUUAAAAGUACCCAACACGUAGAAUGAAGGAUAUAAAUUAAACAUAAAUAAUAAUGAAAUAUGCUUAAAGUGAUAAGUACUUAAAAAAAGUUUUUUAAAUAUCAUUUGUUGUAAAUAAAAUUGUAAGUCGCGAUCAGUAUUGAUUAGUUGUUUAGCCAUUUAUUGUAGACUUUAAUAUAUCUAUCUUUUAACUCUUUAAGCAGCAUUUUGUAAAGGUUUUUUAUGUCUUUUAAUGUUGAAAUAUAAAAUUGACUGAUAGGUUUAGAUUUAAAGCAUUUUAUUCGUGUAAAUAGAUAUUAAAAAAAAUACAUGUAUAUGGCACAACCCUAUUAUAGGUUUUAAUCAUGGAAUUAGUAAGUACUACGAUGGAGUACCUACCUACUAAAACUAAUUCCAUGGUUUUACUUGUCCACGUCUUAACCCUUGACAAAUUACGUCUUAGAUCAUUCUUCCGUGGAAUUAGUAGGUACUCUGUAAUCAUUCUUCAAACUACAAAAGAAAAUUUUUAUUUCUGUGAGCUUAUGUCACAAAAUGAAUUAUAUAAUACAUGUAUAAACACUUUCUUUACCGACUGCCAUUGUUACAUGCCACUUAUAAUAAGAAAUUAAUAACUAGUGUGAAACUUUUUUAUUUCAAAAAAACUAUAACAGCUAAUAUUCACUGCUUUGGUCUUCCACCUUACACUUUUGCCAUGGAAUUAGUAGGUACUGUUGUGCAGAGUACCUACUAAUUUAAUGACUUGCAUCAAUUAUAUGACUGGGAAGUACUAGGAUCUCAAUUUUUGGCACUUGGCCGGCUAUGUGUAUUAAUUCUGUCCUCAGCCAUUGAUUUCACCUCCCUAUACGACACGACCUCUGCUUUCUCUUUUAUUUCAUCUUGGAAUGCCCUUCUUGGCUUUCCUUUUCUUGCUUCGAUUAUGCUUCUAGAAGUUUCUACAACUAUGGUGAAAUAAAAAUUGUUAGAAAGUCCGAAGUAUGUAAAAAAUAUACAUCAACACCAACAAGUUAACUAGUACGCAGGGCGUCGUUCGUGUAAAUGCGCAAGCAUAAACGUAUGAAUGUCGGGACUGGACUGGAAUCUACUCAUAUUAUAAAUGCGAAAGUUAGUGAGGAUGUAAUUAAUUAAUUGAUGUUUGUUACUAUUUCACACAAAUUCUACUGGAACGAUUAUUAUGAAAUUUGGUAGGGGCAUCUUAUCCCCAAAUUCCCACGGGAGCAAACGCCUAGGGCGCAGCUAAUUAUUAAUAAAGUUUAUUAGUGGAGGCAGUUAUGUAAUUUACCCAAAAUUUUUUUUAAUAAGCUAUGAGUUUCAUCAACUAGGUUCCUUGAGUAAUUCUAAGCAUUUUUAGUCUACGAGCCAAUAAGAAAUGUGCGGGUAUACGGGUACGUCUUUGGUUUUUACGAAAAUUAUACCAAACGUGCCCUAAGACGAGAAUAUUUUUUUAAGAUGGCGGGUGGCGGCCAUCUUUGAACGCUACCCGCACAUGGGUUAUAUAAGGGCAAAGCAUAACUUCCUGCACUAUCUAUACCAUUAUUAUAAAGAUCGUUUGUGACUCGUGUAUGUUUGAAGCGGGUAAUCUCCGAAACUACAGAACCGAUUUCAAUUCUUUCACUAUUACAAAGGUAGAUUAUCCAAGAUUACUAUAGGAUAUAUUUUAUCUCAAUAUUCCACGGGAGCGAAGCCCCGUGAAACAUCUAGUAUCAAAUAUACAUAAAUAACCGCCGCAGAGCAGUGUUGAUCUAUGGGUAAAAAACGUAAAAGCAUUUGAUUGUUGUAAGCACUGUCGUCAUGCGAAUAUUCUAAAGCUCUAGAGUUAUUUAUAUAUAAACUUUAAAUAAAUUUCAAUAUAGGAUUUUUAAUUAAUACCUAUGUAAUUCUUCGGGCAUUUCAAACAUUCCAUAAUUAUUAACAAUUAGAAAUGUAUUUCUUGAAACAUGUUGGUUGUUAUAAUUAAAACUGGUGCCAUUACCUAUGUACAUAUUUUUUGUUUCAUACCUUUAACUCUGUAUCACUGAGUUAUAUAAUUGACAAUAUAUAAAUUAUGAAA